AUGACAUCGGAUGUCAUGGAAACCGUAUUGACACGUUUUAACAGAAAGCUGGUACUCGAAGAUAGAAAAGUGAUCCUUUUUCUCGACAAUGCUCCCUGUCAUCCAGAAUACAUUAUUGGUCAAUUCUCGCAGAUCAAGAUCGUCUUUUUACCGAAAAAUACAACUUCGAGGUUGCAACCACUAGAUGCAGGCAUCAUUCAAAAUUUCAAGGUCAAGUAUAGAAAAAGACUUGUUAAAUACGUAUUGGCAAGAAUCCAGGAGAACACAUCAGCAACUGAAAUUGUGAAGGCUAUCAACGUGUUUGUUGCUAUUCGCUGGAUACAAGAUGCGUGGAAGGAAGUAUCCAGCUUGACAAUCAAAAAUUGUUUUCAGAAAUGUGGCAUCACAACGUUGGACAAAAUGCGCCGUUGUACCGUCUUCGAUGAAGAAAGUCAAAAAUUGCUGACGGCAGUUACAAAAAAGAUUGAGGAUCUACAAAUUAAAUGCAAGAAGCAAGCCUCUAUCAAAGACUUUUUCUUGUAA